AUGAAAUCUCUUCAAUCGAUUCCAAACCAAGUUAAAAUCUAUCUUGCAGGGGCAAUUGUUCUUUUGGUUGCCAUUAUACUUAUUCUUACACGAAAAACAGAAAUUUUCGAGGCAACACUUGAUGGAAAACUUCCAUUUGUGUUAAGUUCUCAAAUGAAUGCAACAUUUUACAAUUACAUUACAACAUUACCAGUUUCUUACGUCGCACUUAUCACUGGACGCCAAGAAAGCGGUAAAUCACGUGCUUUGAAUUAUUUCAGCGAUACUCAAACGCAGCUUGGAAGAUUAGUCCUCAAUAUCGACCUCAAGUCAGUUAAUACAUAUGAAGAUUUGUUGUCUGUAUUCAGAAUUUCAGCAAUUGAACAAUUUAAUAUCAUAAAACAAAUAAUCAGUUCAAGUAACCUCAAGAAAAUUGUUGAUUUUAACUAUGAUGCCAAUUUAAACCUACCAGAAGCCACUCCACUCCCAGACAAACUCAAAAAUCUUUAUUUCUCUUUAUAUUCCCAACUUAACCACCUUCUUGAUCAUAAAUUCUCUCAGAGAAGUGUAUUCGAGUUCGGCAGAUUAUUAUCUCUUAACUACCACGCAUUAGCUCCAAUUGUUAUCAUCCAAAACUACGAUAGAAUUUACAACAUUACAGCACCGAAUGAUCCUGAGUUUGGUAUCAAACUUGCUGAUGCAAUCGAGUCAUAUCUUUCCGCAAGAAGUCACUUGAAUCACAAAAUCCCUGUUUUCUUUGAAAUAAAGAACAGCCUUCUCAAAAUACAGCACCGCUGGGGUAACGCUUUCCGUUUCAUUGAAAUGCAGGACAUAGAAAAUGCAGAACGCGAAUAUACUUCUCAUUAUAAGAUUUUCUCACCACAAGAGAUAAAGAAGAUCAUAGGAGCGUUUGGAACGCAUCCUGGAAGCUUAUCUUCUAUGUUUGAAGCCCGCAAACUCGGAAUCAACCUUGAUGUUGCAAUUUCUAACGAACAAACAAGACUUAAGAACAUUGUUAACGUAGAAUCACGUGAUAAUACAACAGUUAAGGCAUUCUGUAGUGCUCCUUACCAAUUCCAUCCAACAACUGAGAAACAUAUCAGUGAUUUCUAUGAUUUAAUCGAGCAGGGCCUCUUAUACUUAGAUAAUGAGUUAAUUUUACAACCAUCUAAUAAGGCUGUUUUUACAGCAAUGUGUUAA